ACAUUUUUCACUCUCAAAGUCGCGAGCGUCUCUGAGACAAGAUAAUUUCCUUUGAUUUGUUCCAUUUCGCAUUACGAAAUUAAGAAGUUUUUUUUUUCCCGAAAAAUAUGGUCUUGUAAGUUUAUCUUUUGGAGUAGUUACUUGACAUGGAAGCUUGUAUGGAUUUCUUGGAUCGAAUCGACCCCGACAUAUCGUUGAAGAUUCUAACGUAUUUGGAAGACUCAUCUGAUCUUCUCCGCGCUAGUUCUGUCUCACGGUCUUGGCGACAUUUUGUGAUUGUAAAUGGUCUUUGGAAGCAAUUAUGUCUGAGAAUGUUUCCUCAGUUAUCUAGAGUGUCCCAUGUUUUUGAAUUGAAUAAACUCAGUACAAAAGAGCUUGUAGAAGCUGGAUCUAGCUAUUCAAAAGAAUGGGAAUCUCUGGAAAGGGAUGAUAGGGCCUAUGCCCUUUUAGCUCGAGCUUGUACAUCAUUUAUUGUUAGGGACUGCAUUUUGGAAGCAAUUAGUGCAUCUAGCACUGAUAAUUAUCCAGAGGAAAGUAUCGAUAAUACUCUUCAACCAGCGGAUAUUGUUGCACGGAGAGCUUCAUACUGGUUGACUAGAGGACAGAGUAAUCCUGCGGUGACUGAGAGACUAACAUACAAACUGGCUGAUGAAUUUUGUGUCAUUACAGAAAUCAAUAUACGCCCUUUCCAAGCAUACUUUCAAUCGGGUUCGCCUCUAUAUUUGGUCAAAGCUAUGCGAUUUCGAAUGGGCCAUCCCAAGAGCCCUAUGGGUGUAGGAAGUGAUCUCCUGAGUGACUCGUACCCCGUUUCUGCCGACGAAAAAUUCAUAUGGACCUAUACUUCACAAGAAUUUCCAGUGGCUCAGGAAAGUUGCCUGCAGAAGUACAAGCUUCCAGAACCUGUUCUUUGUGUUGGUGGAAUUUUGCAGAUUGAGUUGCGGGGUAGGGUUCAGAGACUAGAAACGGGUGGCUCACUCUCUACGCGCAUGUCUUAUGUUCAAGUUAUGGGGCGGCCGUUAUCGCCAACUUUUGGCGUAGAGAUUCUUGAACCAUCUGGGAAAUUUGUCUUGAAGAUUAAGAAUAACACGUUGGUCGAGUUUCAAACCCAACCAAGCAUACCUUCAGCCGAUCACUUGCAGAGACGUCGCACAUAUUUCCAGCAUAUUUUGUCUAUUCCUACUAUAUUGCAGGGAAACUUAGUCGAUGAUAUCAAUGAGUUUGAAAUGAGCGACGAUGAAGAAUAAAAUCUUCUCUGAAAUUGUUGUAUGUCUCCCCCUCUCCAUCCUUUCAUAUGGAGAAUUAUGUUGAAAGUCCUCUCCUCGUCAGUCUUUUCUAUCAGGAGAUGUACGGUUUUGUCACACUUCAGCACAUCUACGGGAAUGGGCCGAGGCCAUUGUGGGCUUUGGUUUGGGGUAAUAAAGAUUUUGAGAUUUGGGUUCAGGAGCUUUUAUGGGUCGGACUAGUAUGGUUAAUGUUUUCUUACUUAGUUUUAUUGUAUUUCUCUAUAUGGGCUAGGUUUGUGUUAGUAAAUCCAGUUGCUUUAUUACCAUUUAUGUUUAUUUUGCUACGAAGACUUAAAAAGGCUCAUGGCCAAUACUUAGCUCUACGUAGUAUUUGUCGGAUUUUCAUGGGAGUCUAUAUACUCAAAUGCUUAAUAGUGUAAGGCAA